AUAGGUUCCAAUUAUAGGUUAAUAUAAUAUAUAUAUACUUGCAUUCAUUUCAUUAAUGCACCGUCAGUAUCCAGUAACGUCGAGUAUGACUUCCAUCGUGAACGAGAAACGUAACUUCGCAAUUGCCUCAUAUUUACUAAAUAUUAGAUCGCGUACGGGAUUUCGGGUAUGGCACGAAUAUGAAACGUACGGGUUUGAGGCAUUACCCUCGUAGCUGCGUAGGUACAAAUUCCUCGUUGAAUUCAUCCAGAGCGCUUCGUAACGUGAAAACGUAUGCGCGCAUACACACAUACACACACACACACACACACACAUCACGCGAAGUGCGUAGUACCAAAUUAUAUUCGCGGGGCUGCGUUCGGCUAGCCGACCGGCCGGCCGGGUUCGAAAAGUAAAACGGCGCGAGGCGUGUGUACGUUGUGUACGUGUGGUACGCAGCGAGAGGUGAGAGCAAGCGAGACGCGGCGAGGAAACGAGCGAGACGAUAGGAACGAGGUACCCGGCGCGGCGGUCGGCGUUCGCGCGCGACGGACAGAGAGACGCCGCACCGGCAGGAGAGGGAGAGAGAGAGAGAGAGAGAGAGAGAGAGAGGGAGAGAGAGAGAGAGAGAGAAGGGAAACGGGCGUAGCAGCGAUGAGGGGUGAGGGAUGCGGGGACUAGAUCGCGAGCGCGAGGGAGACGGGACUACAUCGCGGCCGCGGUGCGCCCGCGGAGGUACGCGACAACGGCGCGCAUCGAUUGGCGCUCUAGCCGUGACCCCCACCAUGCUGCUUUCGCUUUCACCCAAUGGGGCCUCACUUUCGCGCUCGCCCGCGUUCGGCGCCGCGGCAGCCGGCACGCUGUCGUCGCCGGCUUCUCUCAGUGACUGGUGCACCCUACGUGCGAGCGAGCGUUUUUCGUGCGUCCGUGUGCUCGUCCGUCUCGUCUCGGGAGCGGCUAGCGGCAGAAAGAGAAAGAAGACGAACGGAAAAGGGCGGCGGUGAGGAGGAAGAAGAAGAAGAAGGAGGAGGAGGAGGAGGAAGAGUGUGGCAGCCUCGGUGUCGACAAGCGCUACGUGUGCGCCCUUUCAUCCCAGAUUAUACCUCACGCUCGCGUAUACCGUUAAAGUGUGCCGAUUUAAAUCGUCGCGGCGGUCCGUCGUGAAACGCGACGCGCGGGCGCGCGCGCGCGCUCACCGUUGGAAAUUGCGUUGCACGCCGGGGCGGCGCGUACAGCGUACUCCGGCGCCGGUUGACCCUGACAUUCGAGAAGCCGGGCCGGGCGGGCGAGAGACACUCGUCGUCUCGCGCGCGCAGGAGCGACAUCGCUGUGAUCGCGCUCGUACGAGCAUCCCGAGUGUCGGGACUCUGUGGACGAAUCAACGAAGCGAAGGACGGUAGCAGCGUACCUUACGAUUUCAGACUUUUUCUUUUCCUUCCGUGGCGCGUUGUGUCGCGGUCUAGUCUCACCCUGACCUUGACUCCGAUGCACCAGCGCGUCGAUAGAAACACCAAGGAACGUCGUCACGUCGUGUCUCGAGCGGUGUUUCCUCGCGGUGUGCCGAUCGCGCGACUCGCGCGGGCGGUCUUGUUGUGACACGCGAAUGACCUUGAUUCUUCGGCGAGGCGGCGCCUUGGAUAUCGCCUUGGAUAUCGAGCGAACCGGUCCACGCCUUCUCGUCGCGUUUCUCUACCGUACGAAGUGGUGCGUCACCUGGAGAUGAACAAGUAGAAAAAAAGCAAGCCUGAUCUUCGUGGUUACAACGAAGCGUGCGUUCCAAUCUAUCGCGAGACGUCAUCUGUCAUCGAAAAAACGACGUUCGAGAAGCAACGGAAGACAACACCUGAUCUUAAAGUGCAGAGCACCUAUAUGGCACCGCGGCGUCACGCCAACGGCGGCCACGGCGGUGGCGGUGGCGGCGGCCUCCUGGAGAACGGGGGCGGUGGCGUUGGCACUAACGAUCCCAUGGAUAAUCUGCUGGGCCCGAGUCAGACGACGCGCUGCUGCACGCCGACCGGCGAGUGUCUGCGCGGCGACACCCUCAUCCGCCUCAAUGCCCUGCACGAUGCGGUCAAGGUCACCUGCAAUAACGACAAUUGCCCGAUCGGCCAGUUCAUGCACCGUGAGUGCUUCGACGCCUGGGAGCAGACGGUACUCACGUAUUUGAAGAGCUGCGGCCGCGCUCGCAGCUGGUCCGAGCGUCAACGUCAUCAGAAUCUCUGGACGAAGAAGGGCUACGAUCUCGCGUUCAAGGCGUGCGGCUGCCGCUGCGGCCGCGGCCACCUUAAAAAGGACCUCGACUGGAUGCCGCCCGGUCUCGGCAACGUUCCCGGGAAUCGUCCCGAUGAAAACGAGGCGAAGAAGAAGAAGCGGCGCAACCGUCAGAACACCAGGCCGAGCCUGGCCGUGUCGGCUGGCCCGCCGAAUCACGGCAACCACGUCGUCGCCGCGAACGGCCGUGGCACCAGCGAGGCGCAGAUGAUCGAGGCUGGCCGCGGCAGAGCCGGCUCCUUGUCGUCCAGCACCGGUUCCAGCUCCCCACCGGCCACCAGUGAGCCCAGCGUCAGCCCUCUUCAUCAGCCGCAGGCUAUCAUGAAGAAGAAGAGCAAGGUCGACUUUUUCAGCGAUCGCGCGAGACAAAGCUGCGGCGCCAACGGCAUCUUUUCGCGUCGUCUGGAUUUCAGCGCUUUCAACAGUCUGCCUCGCACCAAACUUAACUCCUAUCAUAUUAAGAUGGAAGACGAGGGCAACCACGGCAACGACGACACCAGAUGCUUCAUUCUAUCGACAUUGGCCGCUCUGCAAUGGUCUCGAGUUACAUGUGUCCUUUGUCGCGCUGCCAUGCUGGUUUUCGACAGGUAUCCAUUGGUGGACGGCACAUUCUUCUUGUCACCCAGACAACAUUCGCCUGCUUGCGCUGAGGUGAAGGUCGAAGGUCGCACACAAUUUUUGUCAGCUGUGUGCAUGAGUUGUUUGGAGGGCAGCGGCGGGCAGCCCGUACGCUGUCGUUUCUGUACCCAGCCGUGGGAUGGCUCGAGCUUGGUUCUCGGAACCAUGUAUAGCUACGAUAUCUUCGCUGCAAUGCCCUGCUGCAGCGAGCGACUCAAGUGCAACAGCUGCCAGAAACCCCUGAUCCACCCUCAUCAGCGACUGAACUUCUACUCGGACUACAGCCGCGUCUUUGGCUGCCCACACUGCAGGACGGUCGACGCCCACUUUGUGAAACCGCUCUCGGCCUGCUUCACCCGCGAGCAGUUUCAGCUCUACAGCCAGUGGCCGUAACCAUUAGAGAACUUAGCGAACCGCCGCCGUAUGCGCACGACUGCGGCUGACUUGUAUCCUCUCUUUUACAAGUCGAUCUCCCUGUUCCGGACGACCGUGCUCUAGAAUCCUCCCCUCGCGACCUUCUAGGAGACUUGACGAUGGCGAACGCGCACGGGGGCCGCGAUCUUUCCUGGCGCGUGUUGUCGGCCGGAUCCACCGAUGUAUUAAUUCCUAUUAGCUCGCCAAACGCUUUUAUUUCGGUCGACAGCUGAUGUUUCUUCGUAAUUUCUUAGGCAUUAUAAUAUUUUUUUUUUUUUUUCCUUUUGUAGCAAUCUAUUCUAUGCGAUGACGGUACGCGCGAGCCCCUUGGCGCAUUCCCAUAGUACUAAAAUUUAAGAUGUUUCUUUUUAAUGUCAAUUGUAGAAUUGUUUGUCUAGAUUGAUCUUAAGCGGGAGACGUCGAAUUAUUGACGUUUCGUUUGACGAUGCGCGAGGCGAGACUUUGCAAAAUUAGUAUGCUUUAUUUUCCCUAUAACGUUGCUCUUUAAGUUUCUUAAGGCAUUUAUCGUGCGUUUUGCUGUAAUAAAUGGCAAGUAAUUUUUUUAUUAGUAUACACUACGUUUUGACACUUGUGUCAUUACACAGACGUAGUUCUCUGAUAUAGGUGAGUUUUAACUAGUAAAAAUUUUUUUGUUGGUGAAAUCUGUGUGUUCCAUCAUUUAUGCACAAAAGUUUUGGACUACGAGCUGAAUCACAUCUCUUGGACGGUUUCUUUCGGAAACUUCGGGCGACAAGUGUGACAGCUUCGCCGUCUCCCGUUUUAUAAUAUAGUUGAAAUUACUUUAAAGAAAAAUAAAUACAUGAAAUAAAUUUAGGCGGAGAGAAAUUCGAUAUUAGAACACGGAAAAGUCGAUUCUCUUUAUUGUAAACGUGUAUAAAGAAAAAAGAAAAAAAGAAAAAGGCUACUUUCUAGGAAAGAUUGGGAGGGAAAGAAAGAAGAAAUAACUAUCGUUUGUUACUUAGAUAAUCGAGAACACGUUGUUUUUUUUACAUUUUAUUAGUUUAUACGUUUAUGGCGGCCAUGUUGAUUUUGUUUAAGGAUCUACGACUCAUUCGAUGGGUUUUCAACGUUGAUUCGAUCGGG